AUGCCUUCAAUCAAAGAUACCCUUACUCUUUUGCUGAGCCAAGCCCUCCUUGCCGCUGGCAGCCCGGUAGAUGGGGAGACCGUUGUGAAGCGACAAUGCCCAGGAAUCCACGUCUUCGGUGCCCGUGAAACGACAGUAGGUCCGGGCUAUGGCUCCUCCAUUACUGUUGUAAACUUGGUCAUCCAAGCCCAUCCGGGAACCACAUCCGAGGCAAUCGUCUAUCCGGCUUGCGGUGGUCAGGCUUCUUGUGGCGGCAUCAGCUAUGCCAAUUCCGUUGUGAACGGUACCAACGCUGCGGCUACUGCGAUCAACAACUUUCACAACUCCUGCCCAGACACUCAGCUGGUGCUGGUUGGAUACUCACAGGGUGCCCAAAUAUUUGAUAAUGCCCUCUGUGGAGGAGGUGACCCUGGUGAAGGAAUCACAAACACUGCUGUUCCCCUAACUGCGGGAGCAGUUACCGCUGUGAAAGCCGCAAUCCUCAUGGGAGACCCUCGAAACAUUCAUGGACUGCCAUAUAACGUCGGAACCUGUACUACCCAGGGUUUCGACGCCCGCCCAGCUGGCUUCGUCUGCCCCAGCGCGUCCAAGAUCAAGUCAUACUGCGAUUCCGCAGACCCGUAUUGCUGCACUGGAAACGACCCCAACGUCCACCAAGGUUAUGGCCAGGAGUACGGCCAGCAAGCCCUUGCUUUCAUCAACAGCCAGCUCUCCUCGGGCGGUUCUCCGCCCCCGCCCGGCGGCCCGAGCAGCACCGUGGGGCCGACCAGCACGAGGACUGGAAGCUCUCCUGGCCCGACGCAGACUCACUGGGGCCAGUGCGGCGGAAUUGGGUACUCGGGGCCCACGCAAUGUGAGGCCGGCACGACUUGCCAGGUCCUGAACCAGUACUACUCUCAGUGCUUGUAA